GUGUGUGAGCGUGUGCGCGUGCGUUAACGAGCUGAUCUGGAAACAGUUUGUUGUCGAGCUCGGGUCCAAAACGAAGGCCCGCCCCCUGCUGUGAGGACCGUUACCAUGGCAACCGUUUACUCCAAACACCACUUGUGAAUUCCCCUCUCCCCAUCGAUCGAGCUGACGUUUGAUGGAGUCAGGUGACGAUCGUCCACCCGCGGCGUGUGACGUCACGACACUCCUGCCCCCCCCGCGCCGAAAGAAGACUCGGACGUGGUGAUGUGACGUCACAUUUUCCUGCCCGGGUCGCGGAGCACUUGAAGCUGCUGCCGCUGAUUUUCUUUUUCUUCUUUCUCAUUACACAACUCGUCUUUUUCCCUUUUUCGUUUUUCUGCGUCACUGCAUCACUUGCGCCUGCCAGGGUCCGAGCGCCUCAACUCGCUUGUCAGCCGAUGAAGAUGAAGAUGAGGAAGAUAACGUUCGUGCUGUCAACCAUUUUGCUUUGCGCGGCGGCGCAACUUCCGGAGCAGCAAGCGAUGGACGUGCUGAGCGCUCAGGACUCCGAGCGCGCCGACCAGUUUUGGGGCGGCGCCGGCGCGACCGCCGACGUCUUUGUGGCGGCGGCCGUCCGCCUGCCGCCCAAGACGGGCGGAGUCCUCCUGGGCGUGUACGGGAAGCGCGACAACAGGAAGUACCUGGAAGUCGCCGUCACGGCCAAAAUCAACAAAGUGUCGCUUCGCUUCUGGCGUCCGUCGGACGGUCGGGUUCACACGGUCAACCUGGCGAACGGCAACGUGUCGGACGGGCGACGCCAUUCGCUGGUCAUCCGUCUGGGCGACCUUCAGCGUGAGAGCGCGAGGGCGGAGCUCUACGUGGACUGCCGAUUGGCCGACGCGGCAGAUGGCGUGCCCCGUCCGCAGCCCCUCCCCCGGGAGGCGGACGCGGUGGAGAUCCGACACGGACAGAAGGGCUACGCACGCGUACAGGGGGCCGUGGAGUCCCUUUGGUUGGCGCUAGGGGGCAGCGUGGCUCAAGCCGGCGCCCUGGUCGACUGUCCCUUUCAACGUGACUCCGCCCACAACUUAGCGAGCGGCGACCUGCACGCCGUCCUGGCUGACCACGCCAAAGCUCUGAUUGGACAGAUGCUCCUCUUCAAUCAGAUGCUGGGGGAACUACGACAGGAUGUCAAGGAGCAGGUGAAGGAGAUGUCUCUGCUGAGGAACACCAUCUUGGAGUGUCAAGUUUGCGGUUUCCACGACGCGCGCUCUCGCUGCUCGCCCAACCCGUGCCACCCGGGCGUGGCCUGCGCCGACAGCCCGCACUUCCCGGGCUUCGCCUGCGGCCCGUGCCCGCCCGGCACCGUCGGGAACGGGACGCGCUGUCACGACGUGGACGAGUGCGAAGCGCAGCCGUGCUUCCGGCCGUCGGCCUGCGUCAACACGGACGGUGGAUUCCGAUGCGGCCCGUGUCCUCCCGGCCUGCGGGGGGCGCCGCUCGCCGGCACCGGACUGCGCUACGCCAAGACGCACAAGCAGGAGUGCGUGGACAUCGACGAGUGCGUCGAGGUCGCCGACGCGUGCGUCCAAAACUCGGCGUGCACCAACGCAGUGGGUUCAUUCCGGUGCGGCGCCUGUAAUGCCGGUUACCUUGGCAACCAAACAGUCGGCUGCUUCCCCCGCAGCUCCUGUGCCACGUUGACCUUUAACCCCUGCGACACCCACGCCGACUGCGAGAUCGAAAGGAACGGCGUGCCGUCCUGCACGUGUAAGGUGGGUUGGGCCGGUAACGGCAACACGUGCAGCGCGGACACGGACCUGGAUGGCUACCCCGACCGCUCGCUGCCCUGCCUGGACAACAACAAACACUGCAGACAGGUCCUCGUGCUCCUCUUCCUCUUCAUCAUCCUCAUCGUUCUCCUCUUCGUCUCCACGCCGUCAACGGUGUCAUCAAUGGCGAGCAACCACGUGACGAGCGUCGUGUCCAUCAGGACAAUUGUGUGUCGACUCCCAAUUCAGGUCAGGAGGACGCUGACAACGACGGCAUCGGGGACCAGUGUGAUGACGACGCGGACGGAGACGGCAUCAAAAACGUGGAGGACAACUGCCGUCUGGUUCCCAAUAAGGACCAGCAGAAUUCCGACAGCGACUCGUUCGGCGACGCCUGCGACAACUGCCCCAACGUGUCCAACGGCGACCAGACUGACACGGACGGAAACACCAGAGGAGACGCCUGCGACCUGGACAUCGACGGAGACGGUUCCUAAUCCCAUGCAGACAGACCGAGAUCGCGACGGCGUUGGAGACGCCUGUGACAGUUGCCCCGAACUCAGCAACCCUACGCAAACUGAUAUAGACGACGACUUAGUGGGAGACAUUUGUGACACCAACCACGACACGGACGGCGACGGCCACCAGGACAACCGCGACAACUGUCCCGACAUUCCCAACAGUUCUCAGUUAGACUCGGACAACGACGGCCUCGGAGAUGACUGCGACCCGGACGACGACGACGACGGCGUCCCGGACCGCAGAGACAACUGCAGACUCAUCGCGAAUCCUCACCAGCAGGACUCGGACUUGAACGGCGUCGGCGACGUGUGCGAGUUGGACUUCGACAACGACGCGGUUCGGGACGCGCUGGACGCGUGUCCCGAGAGCGCCGAGGUGACGCUGACCGACUUCCGAGCUUACCAGACAGUCGUUUUGGACCCCGAGGGCGACGCCCAGAUCGACCCCACCUGGGUGGUCCUCAAUCAGGGUAUGGAGAUCGUCCAGACGAUGAACAGCGACCCGGGCCUGGCCGUCGGCUACACGUCGUUCAACGGCGUGGACUUUGAAGGAACUUUCCACGUCAACACGGUGACGGACGACGACUACGCCGGCUUCGUGUUCUCCUACCAGGACUCGUCCAGUUUCUAUGCCGUCAUGUGGAAACAGACGCAGCAAAUCUAUUGGCAGACGCGACCGUUUAGCGCCAUCGCAAGCCCCGCCCUCCACCUCAAGGCGGUGAAGUCGAGCACGGGUCCGGGCGAGUAUUUGAGGAAUGCGCUGUGGCACACGGGCGACACGGGUGGCGAAGCGACGCUUCUGUGGAAAGAUCCCCGGAACGUCGGCUGGAAGGACAAAACGUCAUAUCGCUGGCAGCUCAGCCACCGCCCGCAGGCCGGAUACAUCAGGGUUCGUCUGUUCGAGGGCUCCGACGUGGUGGCCGACUCGGGCGUGGUGAUUGACGGCACCUUGAGGGGGGGCAGAUUGGGGGUCCUCUGCUUCUCCCAGGAAAAUAUCAUCUGGUCCAACCUGCGCUACCGCUGCAACGACACGCUUCCCGAAGACUUCCACGCACACGGCCGGCACGUAACGAUGCACGUCCAAGUGUGAACGCGCGCGCAGGACGGAGCCUGCGGCGGGAGGGAGGCGGGGCCGCACCGGAGUGAUCGGCUGUCAAUCGAAGGACAAACUUGAAUGAAUGGCGUAAAUCCGUUUCGGGCGUAGUCUUGUCGUCCUAUAAAAGAAUAAAGCCAC